AUGGCUCGUGGUCCAAAGAAACACUUAAAAAGAUUAGCAGCUCCAAACCAUUGGAUGUUAGAUAAAUUAUCUGGUAAAUGGGCUCCAAGACCAACCAGUGGUCCACACAAAUUAAGAGAAUCAUUACCAUUAAUUCUCUGCUUAAGAAACAGAUUAAAGUAUGCCUUAACCAAAAAAGAAGUCACCUUAAUCUUAAUGCAAAGACUUGUCAAAGUUGACGGUAAAGUCCGUACCGAUCCAAACUACCCAGCUGGUUUCAUGGAUGUCAUCACCAUUGACAAAACCAAAGAAAACUUCCGUCUCUUAUAUGAUCCAAAAGGUCGUUUCACUUUACAAAGAAUCACCCCAGAAGAAGCCAAAUUCAAAUUAGCUCGUGUUGUUAAAGUUGAAUCAGGUAACCAAGGUAUCCCAUACGUCCACACUGAUGACGGUCGUACCAUUCGUUACCCAGAUCCAGCCAUCAAAAUCCACGAUACCGUUAAAAUCGAUAUUGAAUCAGGUAAAAUCACUGCUUUCAUCCCAUUCGAUAUUAACAAUCUCUGUAUGAUCGUUGGUGGUCACAAUCUUGGUCGUGUUGGUGCUAUCAACAACCGUGAACGUCACGCUGGUUCAUUCGAUAUUGUCCAUAUCACCGAUAGUGCUGGUAACCAAUUUGCCACUCGUUUAUCAAAUGUCUUCGUCAUUGGUAAAUCAUCCCAAACCUUUGUUUCACUCCCAGCUGGUAAAGGUGUCAGACGUUCAAGAAUCGACGAACGUAAUGCCGCUUUAAAAAAGAAAGGUGAAAAAAUUACUGAAGCCCACUAA